CACGCAUUCAUUUAUCGUGCGUCGUUUUUUUCGGUCACAUCCAUCCACCGGUCGGUCGCCGAGGACCACUUUUCGAUCUCGCGUAUCAUUACAUUAUUAUAAUACGGUCCGUUGUUGUCGUUGCAGUACGUCGCGCGUACAUCAACAUAUUAUUAUACUGCACCGUCGUUGUGCUGUACAAUAAUAUUACCCGUCGUCGUCGUCGUCGUCGUCGUGCGUAUCGUGAUUCACUUUAGAGUGUACCUAUAUUGUUCUAAUAUUAUAUCGGUACUUGAUUGAAACGAUUUUUUUUUUUUAAUGAUUAUCAGAUAGUCAGCGUAAUACAAAUCGAGAAAAUUGUUCACUCGACUUUAUGUAAUUGACAAUCCGCGUUUUAAUAUAAGUUAUAACUUAUAGAAUAUACCCGCUAUUACAGUCGUAUAAUAUAAAGUUUAAUAAAAAACGCGCGUCUAAAUACCUACCGCCGUUAAAUCUGCCGACAGUAGUAGUCGUAUAUAUACAAGAAUAUUGUUAUUAUGUACUGGUCGGCGAACGCGAACGUCUCGUAGCCUGAAUCCUCCGAGUGGACAGACGGCGACCUAUAAUCUAUAGCGUCGCUGCAGCACACGUCGCCGUCGCCGAACGGUGACUUUUUGAAAAUCGUCAGGUGUGCCGAGCAUUCACCACGACGGCAUCGCCGGGUGCACAGAGCGGGACGACCAGCGAGGCUGAGGACUCGUCCAGGUCGUCGUUGGGCUCCACGAUGAUGUUGUCCCAGCAGCAGCAUCACCACCAUCACCACAACAUGCUGUCGCCAAUGUUCAACUUUUUGGACGUGCCGUGCAGCAGCAGUCCACCUCUGGCUGCUCUGCACACCAUGACCGAGAUGAAGAACGGGUGCACGGCGGGCAACCCACAUGGCAUCGAGCAGAUACUGUCGCGGCCGCCGACCACGGGGGCAGCGGCCGCCAUCAGCCACCAACAGCGGGCGUUCAACAGCGUGGCCGGCAUCGCGGCCGCCGGGAUGGCUGCGGCAGCGUCAUACUUCCACAACGGUGGCGUCAAGCACCCGGCUACCACGCUGGCCGACCUCACCACCAGGAACCUGUACUGGCCGGGCUUCCAAGGUCUGGUCAAUAACCCGAUUGCCUGGAGGGACAGGCUGGCUAGCCUGAACAAUUCUAACCAAGAGAAGGACGGCAAAAAGAAGCACACGAGGCCCACGUUCAGCGGGCAACAGAUCUUCGCGCUCGAGAAGACUUUCGAGCAGACCAAGUACCUGGCAGGUCCGGAACGGGCGAAACUAGCGUACGCACUGGGCAUGACCGAAUCUCAAGUGAAGGUGUGGUUCCAGAACCGGAGGACCAAGUGGCGGAAAAAGCACGCCGCCGAGAUGGCCACGGCCAAGAGGAAGCAAGAAGAGGCGGCCGACGAGAGCGACGAAGACGAAGACAUGCGUGACGACAGCGCGGCCAAACGGCUCAAAAGGGAAUUGGCCGCGCACUACGGAGGCGGAGGCGGAGGCGGAGGCGGCGGCGGCGGCGGCGGUGGAGGUGGCGGUGGCGGUGGCAUCGGUGGAAGUAUAUAGCAUCAGGCUUGGCCAGGAGUCGGUCACCCUGGCACCUUGGACCUGAAGACUCACGAAUAAGCCCGUCGAGAUCCGAGUAUACUUGUAGGUACACCGCCGUUAACCAUGCGCACGUUGUACAAUUCCGACGAUGAUGAUAAAUUAAAUUAUUAUCAUCACUACUAUUAUUAUUUGUACAUUUCUAUAUACCUACUCAUAAGUAUACACAAAUAUUUUAUACAUAUACAACUUUAUUAUUAUAUAUAAUACAUAUUAUAACAUUUAUGCCUAUCCAAAACGUCUAGUCAUCGCAUAAUUUUUUUAUUUAUUUUUUUUAGGUAUUUGUGCAUAUUAUUAUUGUUAUUAUGUAAAAAUGUAGAGAGCAAUACAAUUAUACGGUAUCGUGUAAUAUUAUAAAACGAUAAUAUUAUUAAGUAUGGCGCCGUGCCGCACGUACAUAGUUACUCCCCACCGGCCCUCAUCGUAUGGUUAUUGUGACGUAUAAUAUAGAGGUAUGUUUAGCCGAAAUUAUGUACAGACAGUGUAUAUAGAGGCGGACGGACCGUUUUACGUUUUUUUUCAAUAAUUCGUCAAAUCUUCAACAUUCGUUCUGUACAUAAAAUACGCAUGUACGACUUAUAGUCCGCGGUGUGUGCGUUUUGUUCUUUUUGUUUAUUCGAUGUUCCCCCUGCCCUAUUACCCCAUUGUAUAGUGUUGCCCGCCCACGCGUACGCAACGCUUCGACAACGACGAUCAUUAUUAUUAUUAUUAUUAUUAUUAUUAUCUCAAUAAUUAAUAUUAUAUUAUAUUAUGGCCAUUAUUAGCUUUUUUUGUGCGCCGAUCAUUAUACAAUAUUAGAAUGAUAAUACUCAACACUUACUUGGCAAUAUCGGUACAUAUUAUUAUUAUUAUUAUUAUUAUGUACCUACAAGUAUGUGUAUUAUGUAUACAGUUCACACAAAUUACUAAAAUAGGUAAAUACGUUUUCACUGUUUUGUUUACGGCUUGUAAUCUCUGUUGUAUAAUAAUAUGUCGGGAGUAAACGGUUUUAAUAUAUAUAUAUUAAUAUAAUAAAUCAUAAUAACUUGUAAUUACAAUGUGAAUAUACUAUGAUAUUAUAUCCCCCUUUAAAUACGUUGUACAUAUUAUAUUUAAUGAUUGUUAAUAAUAUUAUUUAUUUAGUGAAGGUACGUUUGGAUAAUCGUUUGCACUUAUAAACACAUGUACGGUUAUACUUAAUUUACCACUAAACCUUAAGUUAAACAAAUCAUGUAAUCUUUAAACGAAAAUAAGUGAAAUGUUGAUUUAAAAAGACAUAAUAUUAUUAUAUACA